AUGCAGUCCCUGCAAUCAUUUGCUUUCAUUUUAAUAUUUGUAAUUCUUGCAUUUGAUGUUUGUGAAUCUAAUGAUUGUAGCAAUCCCUUGAAGACCAUUAUUGUUAGUCAAUCAGGCAAAGCAGAUUUCGAAACAAUUCAAAGUGCGAUUGAUUCUGUCCCUGCAGGAAACUCUCAAUGGAUUCAUAUCCAAAUAUCCUCUGGUGUUUACAAAGAGAAAAAUGCUACUUUCGAUAUAAAAGCAAGCAAUACAGUUGCAAAGGGAAUAACUUUUACGAAUACAUUGAACAGGCCAGUAUUAUUAGACGUGAUUAACGUUGUACAAGCCAAAGCUGCGAAAAUCCAUGCAGAUAAAUGUGCUUUCUAUAGCUGUUCUUUUCUUGAGGUGCAAGAUACGAUAAAUGAUGACGAUGGUCGCCAUUACUACAAUAAUUAUUACAUCCAAGGUUCAAGCGAUUUCAUAUAUGGGAAUGGUCAAUCACUCUUUGAGGCAAGUACAAUAUAUUUUUCAAAAGGAAAAUCUAGUCUGCAGCAGGAUGGGGUUAUUACAGCACAAUAUAGAGAUUCACCAAAUGAUCCAAGUGGGUUUGUGUUUAAAAAUUGUAACAUAAGUGGAACAGGAUAUAAGACUCAACUUGGAAGGCCUAUGGGAGCUUAUGCAAGAGUCAUCAUAGCAAAUUCUUACCUAUCAGAUGUUGUUAGACCUGAGGGUUGGAGUCAGUUAACAUAUGUCGGGCACGAAGAAAACUUUACUUUUGUCGAGGAGGGAUGCACAAGAUCAGGUGCAGACAAAUCAAAACGCGUGAAAUGGAUGAAGAGUAUGACUCGACCUGAACUUGAUAAAUUAUUGAAUAUCUCUUUUAUUGAUCAAGAAGGAUGGAUUUCCAAAUUGCCAACGAGCAUAUUCCAUUAA